GUGGAUUCAGUUCCAGUUAAUGGCUUUGAGGAGCAAGCAUUUUCUCCGUAUUGUUAUGACGUUUAUGAUGAUUUUGGUGAUCCAAACAUAUUUCCUAAGGUGGGUGAGCAGUACCAGGCUGAAAUUCCACCUUUAAUGUCAGAAUCUGACUGUUCUUGGUUUCAAAAGAAGCCACAUGAUGCAGAAAGAACAUGUACCUUCAAUGAGUCUCAAUUAGGAUUACCAAUUCGUAUAAUUUGGAUGAAGGAUGAAGUAGAGGACAAUAAGCAUGGUCCACUGAAACAUGUAUGCGAGUCAAUUGGAUUUACCAAAAAAAGUGAAUUUUCAAAAAUAGAAUGCAUCCUGAAUAGUCCUGGCCAUGAUAAAUUAAAUACAGAACCCGAGGACAUUGACAUUACAUUGGUCAAUGGAACAAAAUUAGGGGCAUCUGGAAAUUGCAGUGUGCAACAAGAAACAAAGAUUGGGGUGCAUGAGAAUAAAUGCAAAGGCCACUGUCUGGUUCCUGGGUCUUCAACUGACACCUGGAAUGAAAUAAAAGAAGCCAGUUUCACCCUUGGCUUGUAUAUAUUUGGGAAGAAUCUUGUUAAAGUGAAAAGAUUUAUUGGCAAUAAGACAAUGGGGGAUAUAAUGGAGUCCAAGACAUUUGUGGUAGGAAAAAUGCUUCUAGAAGAUUAUGUUUUAACUUUAAAGGCUUCUGUUGGGCUCAAUACUCUUGUUGAGGCAGUUGGAGUUGGUACAAAAAAAGAUCUUACUUGUCUCACUGCAGAUUCUGUGAAGUCCACUCAGGCACUUCCUGUUCGUCCAGAAAAACCAGUUGGCAAAGAUUGCUCAAGGCUUACACCUGCAGAAAUAAUAAACAUUAUAACAAGCAAUUUCAGAUUAAGUAAAGCUCGAUCAGGUGAUCUCUUCAGGGAAGCUGUUUGGCCUCGUUUACUUGCUAGAGGUUGGCACUCUGAGAAGCUGGGAAGUGAUGAUAAUUAUGCUGUUGCUUAUAACCAUCCUCUUAUUUUCUUAGUCCCUCGAGUUAACAAGUUUUCAAGGGAACUAGAGAAGGGGGAUGACUAUUUUGAUUCCAUUUGUGAUGUCCUGGGUAAAGUUGCUUCAGAUCCUGAGCUAAUUGAGCUUGAGACAAAUGCAGAUGAUGAUUGCACAACCAAGGAAGGAAAAUGA